AUACCACGACUCAGACUGGUGUGAUUAAAUCAAUUAUGUCAGAGGGAAAUUAUUCAAUCAAACCGGAUGGCAAAACCGACACGAUAGCGAAGAAAGAAUUAUCAGUCGCGUACCUUAGGUCGUUUGAAGUUAUUCGUUGA